AAUGUUUAAUAACAUCAUAUCUUAUGAUUCAUAAGUAAAAUAAUUAACAAAUCAUUUUCAUUAAAAGUUAAUUAAAAUUAAUUGUUUUUAUCAUCUAAUUUGUGGCCAAAUAAACUUAUUAUUAUCAACUCUAAUGUUGAGAUCAACUAAAUGGUGAUAAUAAAGUAUUUAUCAAUUGGUUGUGUUUGUGUUGGUUACCUAAUUGACUGUUAAAACAUAGUUUUGUUAACAUUGUUUUAAAUAUUGGUUUUUGUGACCAAUUUAUUGGUUAAUGAUGUCAGAAGUAGAUCCCGAAACACUUCUUGAGUGGCUGUCUAUGGGCAGCGGUGAUGAACGAGACAUGCAGUUGAUAGCACUGGAACAGCUGUGUAUGUUGUUGUUGAUGUCGGAUAAUGUCGACCGAUGUUUUGAAAGUUGUCCUCCGCGCACAUUUUUGCCGGCCUUAUGUCGCAUAUUUCUGGACGAAUGCGCUCCCGAUAAUGUCUUGGAGGUGACGGCUCGAGCCAUCACUUAUUAUUUGGAUGUAUCGGCUGAAUGCACCCGACGUAUUGUGGCCGUUGACGGCACUAUUAAAGCGAUGUGCAAUCGAUUAGUUGUGGCCGACGUGAACUCCCGGACCAGCAAAGAUCUGGCCGAACAAUGUAUCAAAGUUUUAGAGCUGAUCUGUAGCCGUGAAGCAGGAGCUGUGUUUGAGGCCAGUGGCCUGAAUUGUGUCCUCACAUUUAUUCGUGACAACGGUUCUCAUGUACACAAAGAUACACUUCAUUCAGCAAUGACAGUCGUGUCCCGACUGUGCGGCAAAAUGGAGCCAAACGACCAGUCAUUAAAUACUUGUGUCGAAUCGUUGUCUCAACUUCUCAAACAUGAGGACAAUCAUGUGGCCGAUGGAGCGCUCAAAUGUUUUGCAUCUCUUGCCGAUCGAUUUACCCGCCGUGGUAUAGAUCCGGCACCAUUGGCUGCUUAUGGACUUACAGAUAAUCUAUUAAUACGUUUACAAAGUAUUGCUAAUCCUGUAUCUCAUUUGCCAACGAGUUUGUCAAUAACAUCCCCAGCAAUAGCUACGUCAACAUCUGAUACUAAAACUCCUACUUCUGUCUCAAUUGUUAUAAGUCUUCUCUCAACUUUAUGUCGCGGUUCACCACAAAUAACAUAUAAUCUUUUAAGAUCUCCAUUGAGUGAAGCCAUUAAAUCUUCAUUACAAGGUGACGAACGAUGUAUUUUGGAUACAAUGCGUUUGGUUGAUCUGCUCGUUGUAUUGCUUUUUGAAGGCCGAAGAGCAUUACCAAAAUCAGUGGCCACUUCUUCAUUAAACACGUCUCGUUUACCAUCAUUUCGACGUUUAGAUCGUCUCGACUCAGCCGGUGAACGAACACAUAGACAGCUAAUUGAUUGUAUUCGCUCUAAAGAUACGGAUGCACUGAUUGAUGCCAUUGACUCGGGUGGAGUUGAAGUUAAUUUUAUGGAUGAUGUGGGACAGACACUAUUGAAUUGGGCGUCAGCUUUUGGCACUCAAGAAAUGGUUGAGUUUUUAUGCGACAGAGGCGCUGAUGUAAAUCGCGGACAACGAAGUUCAUCACUUCAUUACGCGGCCUGUUUUGGUCGACCUAAUGUCGUUAAAGUACUUUUAAGACACGGAGCUAAUCCUGAUCUGAGAGAUGAGGACGGAAAGACACCAUUAGAUAAAGCAAGGGAACGGACUGAUGAGGGACAUAGAGAAGUGGCUUCAAUAUUACAAACUCCGGGUGAAUGGAUGACAUCAAACACUGUGUCAAGAAGUGAACCCAAGUCUAGUCCUAAUGAUGUAAAACAAGACGAAGUUGAAGACCCAACUCCUGGAAUGUAUGGCGACAAUGAAAUGUCACCGAUAUAUCUACGAAGUUUGUUACCAGUAUUUUGCAGUACUUUUCAAAAUACUAUGAUUCGUACGGUUCGCAAGUCAUCACUGAAUUUGAUCCGCAAAAUGACUCAUUAUAUACCAACUGAUCAAAUGGAUUCGAUAAAUGAAUCUGUUCCUAAUCUACCGAUUCAAUUGGUCGAAGUCACUGCUAAUGUAUUGGACAAUGAAGAAGACGAUGACUGCUAUUUUAUUGUAUUGCAAAUGAUUACAGAUCUCAUGACUAAAGGGCCGCAAAUAUUUUUGGAUCACUUCGCCAGACUUGGAGUUAUGAAUAAAGUUCAAGCACUGGCCGGACAAUCAGCACAGACAUCCAAUGAGGACGAGUAUAUUGAUAAAAAAGAUGGCGAUGAAGACGAUGCGUGCAAUGAGGACGCGCGAGAAUUGGUGGCCGGACGACCUUAUCAUUGGCGAGAUUGGAAUUGUGUUCGAGGACGAGAUUGUCUGUAUUUGUGGUCAGAUUCUGCUGCACUUGAAUUAUCGAAUGGUUCUAAUGGUUGGUUUCGCUUUAUUCUUGAUGGAAAACUGGCUACAAUGUACUCUUCGGGAUCACCUGAAGGAGGAACUGAUUCUAACGAAAAUAGAGGAGAAUUUCUCGAAAAGUUACAGAGAGCCAGAACUCAAGUUAAACCAGGAAUGAUGUCUCAAAGUUUUUUAAGUAGUUCCGGACCAACACGUCUGACAAUUGGUAAUUGGACUCUUCAGUGUCGACGUGACGGCGAAAUAACAAUCAGCAAUUCAGACGGUGCCCAACAAACAACAAAUCUCAGAGAAGAUUUAGCCGGUUUUAUAUUUGAAUCAAAUCGCGGUACAAAACAUUCAUUCACAGCCGAGACCUCAUUGGGUUCUGAAUUUUCUGCGGGUUGGUUGGGUCGUAGAGGCAAACGAUUGCGCUCUAAACUCGAAGCACUGAAAGCCAAAGUGCGAACCCAAGCAAAAGAAAUUCAUGAAACAUAUUUCAAGACCGCACAGUCCACUCCUCGAUCAACUGUAGCCAAGUUAGGCAAUAUUGUGGCACAAAUUGAAAGGAUUGCCGAUAAACUAUAUUCACGUAAACAUAGUAACGAUUGGAAAACCAAUUUACAGUCGGCGCUCAAAGAAUUGUCACUUUUAUUGAAAGAUGAAAAAUGUGUUUCUGCUUAUGAAAUACAUUCAUCCGGUUUAGUUCAGGCACUGCUCAAACUGUUGGCCAAAACGCCGAAUCAAUUUUCGUGGACUAAUAGCUCAUCAGACAGAAUAUCUAGAGAUAGAACAGAUAUUUUCAAGAAUAUUAUCGGAAACGAAAUCAUUGCAACAGCUCUUAUUAAAAAACUGGUCUCAGUUUUAGAAUCUAUAGAAAAAUUACCUGUUUAUCUGUAUGACUCUCCUGGUUCUGGAUAUGGUCUGCAAAUUCUCACCCGAAGAUUACGAUUUCGAUUAGAGAAAGCUUCCGGAGAGACCACAUUAAUUGACCGCUCGGGUCGUUGUCUUAAAACUGAGCCGUUGACAACAGUAUCACAAUUGGAAAAAUAUUUGAUUAAAAUGGUUGCUAAACAAUGGUAUGACUUUGAUAGGUCUUCCUUUGCUUUCGUCAAAAAGUUGAAACAAUAUAACACAAGAAUUCGUUUCACUCACGAGAGAGACUUUGAUACAAAUGGUGUGAUCUAUUGGAUUGGUACUAAUGGCGGCACUGUUAGCGAAUGGGUUAAUCCCGCACACGUAGGACUUGUUGUGGUGACUUCAUCUGAAGGCAAAAAUCUGCCGUACGGUCGACUCGAAGAUAUUCUUAAUCGUGACUCGUCUGCACUCAAUUGUCACACUAAUGAUGACAAGAAAGCUUGGUUUGCAGUCGAUUUGGGUUUGUGGUUAAUUCCAUCGGCGUAUACUUUAAGACACGCUCGAGGCUAUGGACGAUCAGCUCUUAGAAAUUGGUUGUUCCAAACUUCCAAAGAUGGUGUCAAUUGGAUAACACUAUACACUCAUAUCGAUGAUUGUUCUCUUAACGAACCCGGAUCUACAGCUACUUGGAAUCUAACGGUACCUUCUGAUGAAAAACAAGGUUAUCGAUACAUUCGGGUACAACAAACCGGAAAGAAUGCGUCGUCACAAACACAUUAUCUGUCACUCUCUGGCUUUGAGAUAUACGGAACAGUUGUUGGUGUUUGUGAUGACUUAGGAAAGGCUGCCAAAGAAGCUGAAGCUAAUCUUAGACGUCAGCGUCGUAUAGUUAGGCAACAGCUCAGGCAUAUGGUUCCCAAUGCUAAAGUUACGAGAGGUCCUGAUUGGAAAUGGCGAGAUCAGGAUGGAGCACCCACUAGUGAAGGUGUGAUAACGAGUGAAUUACAUAACGGUUGGAUAGACAUACAAUGGGAUCACGGGGGCAGUAAUUCAUAUAGAAUGGGUGCUGAAGGCAAAUAUGACUUACGACUCGCUGAUGGAUAUAAUCCCGACUCAAUUUUGGUCAAAUCAAGUACAACUACAACAUCGACAACCUCUCAACUUUCAACUUUAACUUCUGUGGCCAUAACUAACACAACUGAUUCAAUAGCAGCCAAAGGUUCAGUGUCUACACUUAAUUCAAUGUUUCCGGGCCGCAAGUCUAGUUCAACUUCAAGUCUUUUAGAGCCGUCAUCAUCAAGCAGUCGUAUAACAGUGGCCUGUACUGAACAGGCCUCAUCGGCCGACUCAUUAAUCGCUCGUAAAUCCAUGAUUGCGGGCAGUCUUACCCGAUCUGCUGGAGACUCAUCACUUUGUGAUCCAAAGAGUAAUGAAAAUGUUGUUUCAAUAGGACUGUCGCCCACUCAAGAAGAGACAGAGGAGUCAUUGGCAGAAAGUGAUAGACCAGACACACCCACACCUACACAUACUGAUGAUAGUCAAAGGCGUAGCUCAUCCAGCUCUACCAUCAAAACUGGUGAUCACUCUAUUCGCUCCAAUAAUAACACCAAUAAUAUGUCAGUUUCAGUGCCAAAUCUGACUCUUAAUACUAUUAAUGUUAAUGAUUCAACUGUUGGACUAUUGGACGCAUUUGCAUCGGCAGCGGCCGCACGGCGUCGCACUCAAUUGAAUACAAAUUCAAACAAUAACUCAAACAAUGCCGCAAAUAACGCAAAUGCCGGCAAUUCAUUGCUUUCUCGUGGAUCUAAUAACGUUUGUAGUUUAGUUCGUAUGGCACUCAGCUCUAACUUUCCCGGAAAUCUUCCAGAAAUAUUAGCCGAUUUAUUGGAGGAAAUGUCCAUUAAUUCGGAUUCACCUAAUAGUGCUGCCAAUAAUCUCUUACAAGGAGCUCUAAGCGCAGCUCAAAGUUACCCAAGUCUUUCCACUGCAACUUCAAACACCACAUUAACAUCCAGUCAAUCAACUGCUAACUCAAUGAGCGCCUCCACCACUACAGGUGCUAACAAUUUGGUUAACUCAUCGCAAGCGCACCAUUCAUUGAAUCACAAUCAGGGUCUCACAAUGUCACUUACUUCGACCACAUCAUCUGAAUCUGAACCAGAUUUUCUUGAGAACUGUCACUCAACAACUUUGUUAGCAGAUCUUGAAGAUGAAGAGGAAUUGCCUGAACCAGAGGAUGAAAAUGAAGACGAUGGUAAUGAAGACGAUGAUGACUAUGAAUCAGAAAUGUUAGACGAAGAGUGUUAUGAUAUGAGAGUAGGAAAGAGAAAGAAUUGGGACGACGAGUAUGUUUUAAAACGACAAUUUAAUGAUCUCAUACCUGCAUUUGAUCCAAGACCYGGAAGAACUAAUGUCAACCAAACUACUGAUUUGGAGAUAUCGUUACCCACAUCUCAAGAGACAAUUUUUAAAACUGAGAAAGUGUCUCAACAGCCGCGACUAUUUUUGACACUUCGUGGACCUAAUCUAUCAAAUGCUGGCGAACUUGAGAUGGAUUUAUUGAACCCCGAGUGGACACUAUUUUCAUCUGUUCAACAUCUCAUUCAACAUUCUGAUUGCAGUACAAAACAGGAAAAAACACGACGUGUUUGGGAACCGACUUAUGUUAUCAUAUAUAGAGAAUCCAAACCUAAUGAUGAUAUUAGUACUGCUUUUUCCACACAAAUGUCUCAAUUAAGAACUGUUUCGUCUUCUAAUUCAAAAGAAACUUUAAUGACAACACCUCUUUAUAAGAGGCGUAGAGUAUUGUCGACAUCAGUUGAUGUGUCAAAUGGUGCCACAGUUGAUGAAGUGCUACAACUGAUGAGGAUAUUGUAUUCAAUGUUAAAUGAAUUAAAAUCAGAACCAAUGUCUUUAUCUCAAUUGUCACUAAAUGAAUCACAGAUUUUGGUGAAUAUCGAAGAAUUUAUUAGCAAAAAGAUUACAAAUAAACUUCAACAACAAAUUCAUGAUCCGUUGGUAUUGGUAUCCAAUUGUACACCUGAUUGGUGCCAAUACUUGACAAACAUAUGUCCAAUGCUUUUCCCAUUUGAAGUCAGACAGACAUACUUUUUAUCGACAGCAUUUGGUACUUCCAGAUCUAUUGUAUGGCUUCAAAAUCAAAGAGAUAGCACUUUAGAUAGAGUGAGAGGACCAUCUCCGAGACGCGAUGAUCCACACGAUUUCCGUGUCGGUCGACUUAAACAUGAAAGGGUUAAAGUUCCCCGAGGGGAUCGUCUACUUGAUUGGGGAGUCCAUGUUAUGAACAUUCACGCAGACAGAAAAGCCAUAUUAGAAGUGGAGUUUGUCGAUGAAGAAGGCACUGGAUUGGGACCAACUUUAGAAUUUUAUGCACUAAUUGCAGCUGAACUUCAAAGACGUGAUCUCGGCAUUUGGUUAUGCGAUGAUGAACUUAUGACUGCUGUCAAUGAGACACCAGUAGAUAAGGGAGAGGGUAUCAAACCUGUUGGAUAUUAUAUAAGUUUAAGUUAUGGUUUAUUUGCGGCUCCACUUCCAAACAAUUCAAAACAAAUGGACAAUGCAGUCAAGUUGUUCCACUUUUUGGGCAUUUUUAUUGCCAAAGCACUUCAAGAUAAUCGUUUAGUAGAUCUACCACUUUCUCAGCCUUUUCUUAAACUGAUAUCACGUGCCGGCGCUUCUAUGAAAUUGAACUCUAAUAAUACUUAUCUUAUAACUGGCAAUACUGUUGAAGAAGAUGAUACUAUAAGCUCAUCAAUUAGUCCCAUAUGUGAUGACGAUCUGCUUUUACUUGAAAGAGAAGAAAUGGGAAGAGAAGCCAAACUUAAACGUGAAAAACAUGAAAUCAAGUCUAAGUCCUGGAUCUAUGGUAUACUCGAUAUGAAAGAUCUGAAUCUCGUGAAUCCAAUUCAAGCUCGCUUUUUACAACAAUUGAGUGAAUUGGUUCAACAAAAACAACGCAUACUAUCAGAUACAAGUCUGACGUGGGAAGACCGCAACAAUCAGAUCCGAAAUCUUUGCAUUCCUUUAUCUCAAGCACAGCCACCCGUAAGACUCGAAGAUYUGGGCCUUACAUUCCAAUAUUAUCCUCCAUCGAGAGUAUUUGGUUACUCAGCUGUUGAUUUAAAACCAAAUGGAGAACUCGAAGACGUGACUAUUGACAAUGUGGAGGAAUAUGUUGAGCUAAUGAUGGACUUUAUACUUCAUACGGGAAUUAAGAAACAAAUGGAUGCUUUUCGAGAUGGUGUUAACCGAGUCUUUCCCAUUGAGCGCUUGAGUUUAUUUUCACCGGAAGAGAUCAGACUUAUGCUUUGCGGUGAACAGACACCUAAUUGGACGCGAGAAGACAUUAUUAAAUUUACUGAACCUAAACUCGGAUAUACAAGAGAGAGUCCCGGUUUUCUGAGAUUUGUGAACGUUUUAGUCGAUAUGAAAGGCGAUGAAAGGAAAUCAUUCUUGCAGUUUGCCACCGGAUGCUCAUCACUACCACCGGGAGGGUUGGCUAAUCUUCACCCCAGAUUGACUAUUGUCCGAAAAGUUGAUGCCAGUGAAUAUUCCUACCCAUCAGUCAACACUUGUGCCCAUUACCUAAAAUUACCGGAAUAUCCAAAUGAAGAGAUAAUGCGGGAAAAGCUUUUGACCGCAACUAAAGAGAAAGGCUUUCAUCUUAACUAAAGUCACCACAACUCAAGUCUCGACAUAAAAUCAAUUCAUUUUUUGCGGUUUUAAAAUUAUAUUAUUAGUCUAUAUUUUAAUCAAUUAAAUAUUACAAUAUUCUAAAUACUACAGUAUAUUAGUCUAAAACAAAUAUUAUGGAAUAUAUUAUAUAUAUUACUGUUUUUUCUCAUUUUGUCUUUAAAUUGAGACAAAACAGUAUUAAGUUGAGUGUGAUAUU